AUGCUUAAAGUGCUUCAGUAAAUGUUCAAGCUUGGUUUGUUAGGUAAUAAACCAAUCAAGAAUGAAGUUUCAGAGAGUCGAACAUGAACUCAAACUCGAGUAGCUUGAUUUGCUUAUAAGCACCAUAUUGAUCAUAAACUGGGAAAUGUUCUAAACUUAUUACUACCUCUUGUUCAUUUCUCAAGAACGUCGAUAAGGGUUCCUAAAAAUUCAAAGCUAACAAAUGUUUCUCCCUCUAAUGGUGUUCUGGUUAGUUGUUGUCACUUACGUGUAUAUAUAUUUAAGAUAUUUAAAAAAAAUCUACCUUCACCCUGAACCCCAGAAUAGUUGUGUCCAUUCAUCAGUUUCCAGUACAAGUCCAAGAAAAUCCUUGUAUAAAAAAAAAGAAGAAGCUACGUUGAAGCCAAAACAUUCUCUCUCACCGCAUCUAAUGCGAGGCUCUCAAUUGCCAUAGAUAAAAUGGUCUGUAAAAGACUAGUUUCUUAGAGGAAAAGAUGAUGAAGAACAAGCCAGAGCUUGAUGAAGAUCACCGCCAUGACCUAGAAAUCCUCAAGGCAGUGGCACAGGCAUGGCACAAUCACUCCAGCAGCUCUAAGACCGCCACCGAAUUCGAUGCUCACCGGAUAAACUUCAAGGCCAAUCCCACUAGGUUCAAGCUCGAGGCGAUGAAAAAGUCACCGGUUAAGGACACUCGUGGAGCACAUUGGGAUUUCCGGGAGUCAUUGUGGGAUUCUUGUGAGAUUGAAGCCGUGUCGAAACUGUUAGAAACAGGACUAGGGUUGGAACAACAGUUCCCGAUGUGGGAUGAUCCAAGCAUGAGGUAUAAGAGGCCCAAGGAGAGUAAGAAUAGCCUGAGAAAUUUGUUUAACCAGCUGUCUUCAAGAAGGUUUAGUGAAGAAGAUAUUCCCCGCGAUGAGAUGGAUUAAUUUUGAUAUGUUUUUUGUUCGUGAACCUUGUGAUAAUUGAUGCGAACAGCAUUUUUUUCCUACUAUUGUAACACUUUUUGGUUUUUUCCUUCAAAUUGAAAUGGAAAUUGUACAAGAACUUCAGAUGGAGGGAUGAAAUGCAGAAAUAGAGUGAGGGUUUUACUGUUUGAUUCAGGUUGCUGAAACUUUUGAGAAGAAUCUUCUAUUCCCAGUUCAAUUAUAUGUAUGGUGGUUUGGGAGA